AGGCGCGCGAGUAGUUGAACUGUCUCGCAGAGCGGAGUCUAGCGGGAGUGGGUGGCUGCCGCCUGUCCGGGACCCAGGACCUGGCACGGACCUCUGGAAACCGCAGCUGGAGGACCAGCAUCUGCUGAGCACCCGCUGUACGCGAGACAGACCUGCGCCCACGUGUAUGGCCUCGUUCCACCCUGGACCCAAGAGAACCAUGGGCACAUCCAGGCUCUAUACCCUGGUACUGGUACUGCAGCCUCAGCGAGUUCUUCUGGGCAUGAAGAAACGAGGCUUCGGGGCUGGCCGGUGGAAUGGCUUCGGAGGCAAAGUGCAAGAAGGAGAGACCAUAGAGGAUGGGGCCAAAAGGGAGCUGCAGGAGGAGAGUGGUCUGACGGUGGACACACUGCACAAGGUGGGCCAGCUAGUGUUUGAGUUCGUGGGUGACCCUGAGCUGAUGGACGUGCAUGUCUUCAGCACUGACUGUGUCCAGGGGAUACCCGUGGAGAGUGAUGAAAUGCGCCCUCAGUGGUUCCAGCUGGACAGAAUCCCUUUUGGUGAUAUGUGGCCCGAUGACAGCUACUGGUUUCCACUCCUGUUGCAGAAGAAGAAAUUCCAUGGGUACUUCAAGUUCCAGGGUCAGGACACCAUCCUGGACUACACACUGCGCGAGGUGGACAAAGUCUAGCAGUAGGUCUUGUUGGCCCUCCCGUGGGAAAGCUGACUGUUAAACAGCCACUAACUGCUGACCUAACUGGGCUCACUGAGCUGUGAGUGAGGGCUUUUUUUCACUGUAUUUGGAACAUAAUUGAAUGGAAAAGAAAAUAAAGGUCUUUCCCUUUAAA